AACGUUGGCUAACCUCACUGAGGGGUCUGCAGACAUAAUCCGUUAUAUAAGCUGCCAGUGAUAUGUCAUUCAAUGAGCCUGAAGCGACACGGAACGUCAAGGAGUCUCUUUCCAUUCUACCACCACCACUACCACCACCUUCCGUUUCUCAUAGCCGCCAGCGUCGACGAAGACGUCUCAAUCUUUUAUACGUUCAAAGUCCAUGUCGGAGUCCCCGUCAACAUUCAAUUAUCAUCGACGAUCCCACUCAGCUUCUUCGCCCUCACCCUCGCCCGUUCCAAAAACUCUAUGGCGUCCAGCAAGCAAACGAGCUCGUUCAUCGUGCAAUAGCCCCGCCCUUCCAGACUCCGCACCCUCCCAAGCACGCAAUUUCGACUUUUGGCGGACGGGCAAGAGACUCCGCAGAGACAUAUCCCCCCCUUCUGUGACAUAUACCACUGGGUCCUCCACUCCGGUAUCGACGGAUAGCCAAAGCUCCGGACUCAGUUCUUCUGCUCCCCACACCCCACUAUUCGCUGCUACUCCAGAAGACUUUCUCCUGUUCCCUAGUCGCUCAAGUCAUAAAGAAACCGCAUCCAAAAAGUCAAGAACGAAGUCCACGAACCCUUCCGGCAUUCGGGACUCACAUUCUGACAUUUCCGAGGCCGACGCUACUCGCCUCAGGUCGGAUGCAUUCUGGGAACUCCGGAGGAGUAUUGCCGUAAGCGGGGAAGGCCUUGUAAAGCGGAUGCGUGAUUUUGAGCAUUCCCGUUUAAAAUCGGGUAUAUACAACCGCGCUAGAACCGUUGACAGACGAAGAGCCAAGAUGCGGCAUUCCCCCAGCGUCCCCGUUACCAGAUCUGUCAGAAGGUCUAGCAGCUCUGAGAGCGACGAAGAUGAUGUCCAAAUAUACUCGGGAGAACUCUGCGGUCCUCCUGUCUCGCGUCAAAAGCGAGCCUCGAGUCUUGGGUCCAUGGACAUGGGCAAUGAUGAGACGCAGGCCAGUCCAUUCACAGAAUAUGUGGAUCAAGCAUCCACCCGUUCUUCGUUCUCCAAUGACGACGCAGAUGAUCUUUCCUGCCGCUCCUGUAACACCGCAUUUCCCCCCCACGCAUUGCAUUCAACAUCAUCAUCUCCAGCAUAUAAAUAUUCUGCUUAUACCAUGGCAUUUAGUCCAGCUCUAUCUGGUCCUUCAUUCAGCUCACCAGCUUGUUCCUUUGAGGCGCCGCGUUCCGGCACCACAAACCAAAACUCCAUUUUUCCAUCGUCUUAUCCCAACGCUGCAUCCUUGGCUUCCAGCCAGGAAGAUGUAUCUCUGACCUCUUCUGCCUCCCGGACUGAAAAGGCCAUUGCGGCUCUUAGUUUGGCAAUAGCCAACGGUGCAGCAGGUCUGGGCGACUAUGACGUCCUUCAUGAUCUUGAUAUCCCUUCUAUCAUGAUAGACUCCCAAGCGGGUGAGCUCUGGCACUAGAUGACGCAUCACCCCUCACAACUGCAAUUAUCCGGAUCUUAUCUUUCAAAAGUCAUUGUUUAUGCCCUCAUUUCCAUAGGAUAGUGCAACCUCCGUCUGGACUGGAACAAGAUCCAAAAUUCCUAUCUCUCUUUUUAACAGCAAUAUUUUUUCUUUAUGCACACACUCUGAUACCGUAGUCACGGUUUUGCAGAUUUCUUUGCCAUUGAAUUGUUCUGUAGAAUGCUUCCCUUUUUUUUUGGAUGAUCGACGAAACUGUAUUUUAUCAAUCAUGUAUCUGAACUGUUAUUUGGAGAUAAAUGA